UUUGAAUAAAUCAUGACCAGAGAGUAUCGAUUAAAAAGCAAGUGCUUUUUUUUUUGCCCACCUGAUGUUGCCGACUCUUUCCCAGCCAUAACAGAUUUCUUGUCAUAGUAACCAAUGCGCAAUAUGUGAUUGGAAGAGAAGCUCAGCAGACUGCUGGGCCUCCAAGGCGCGGCCAUCCUCAAUCUUUGCACCCCAAUUCUCACUCACCAUCACGUCGCGUUAUUUUUUAUAUAUCUUUGCUUUUGUAUAUAUAAUAGAUCCAGGACCACUUCUCAUCGGGAGCAAUUGUACGAUAAGCCAUGUCGGCGAUUCUUGUUUAUGUCGCUGAAAUGCUUGCGGCUUGAUAGAUCAAGAUAUAUUUCCAGAAUGAACGUUGCGCUACAAAAUCUCAACGAUAACAUGUCAAACUAUAAGCGUGCAACUUUAGAGGAGGAUGAUGUCACAGAUGCCAUUGCAGACGGAAAUGCCUCACCAGAAAGCAUUGAGGUUGGAUUUAGAAAAGGUAAAUCACUUUCUUUGGGUCCAAUUGGAAGAAGAACGCAGCUGGAACUGACCUUGUUAGUUGUUCUCUUUGUCGUGGUUAUGGCCCUGGCUGGUUGUAUAAUCACUCUGGUGAUAAACAAUAACCAAGAUCCUUCGCAUAAAUAUUGUCUGACUGAAACGUGCAUUACUGUGGCUGCUAAAAUAACAGAAUCACUGGACCGCACAGUGGACCCUUGUCAUGACUUUUAUCAAUAUGCCUGUGGUGGAUGGAUAAAGAAAAACCCAUUGCCAGACGGAAGGUCACGCUGGAAUACAUUUAAUAGCCUGUGGGACCAGAACCAGGCCGUCAUGAAGCAUUUAUUAGAAAACACCACUCUUAACUCGAGCAGUGAGGCAGAGCGAAAAUCCCAGCGAUAUUAUCUCUCCUGCCUGAAUGAGCAAACAAUCGAAGACCUUGGAGCUCAGCCUUUGAUUGACCUUAUUAAUAGGACAGGAGGCUGGAGUAUCACAGGUCCUUGGGAUAAAGACAACUUUCUUGAAGUGCUAAAAAUAGUUUCUGGGACAUACAGGACAAGUCCAUUCUUCACAAUUGAUGUUGGUACAGACUCUAAAAGUUCCAACAGCAAUAUCAUCGAGAUUGAUCAGCCAAGCUUGAUUCUUCCAUCUCGAGAUUAUUAUCUAAAUAAAACGGCAAAUGAAAAGGUACUGACUGCCUAUCUCAACUAUAUGGUUGAACUGUGUGUGCUUCUGGGAGGGGAGUACAAUUCAACAUGCACUCAGAUGCAGCAAAUAUUGGAAUUUGAAACUAUUAUUGCAAAUAUCACAGGUUCCCAGGAUGAACGUAGGGAUGAAGAGAAAAUAUACCACAGGAUGACCAUUGCAGAUUUACAGAAUUUAGCGCCUGUCAUCGAUUGGUUGGACUAUUUAUCAUUUGCAUUGGCACCUCAGGAACUGAAUGACACAGAACCUGUAGUUGUCUACGCCAAGGAAUAUCUGCAGUUGAUGUCUGACCUUAUUAAUAAUACCGACAAGAGCAUUUUGAACAAUUACAUGAUGUGGAAUUUAGUACACAAAACAGCAGGAAACUUGGAUCAGCGGUUUGAAAAUGCAAAUAAGAAAUUUAUGGAGGCUCUUCUUGGAACAAAGAAGUCCUGUGCUCCUCGAUGGCAGACCUGCAUUGGAAACACGGAUGAUACUCUUGGAUUCGCCUUGGGUGCUUUGUUUGUAAAGUUUACAUUUGACAAAGACAGCAAAGUAAUAGCCGAGAAAAUGAUCAAUGAAAUACGAGCGGCGUUCAAGGACGGCCUGGAAAAACUGACGUGGAUGGAUGACGAGACCCGCCAAGCCGCUGAGGAAAAGGCCGAUGCCAUUUAUGACAUGAUUGGUUUUCCAGACUUCAUCUUGGAUAGUAAGGAACUGGAUGAAGUUUAUGAUGGCUACGAAGUAUCAGAAGAUUCAUUCUUUCAGAAUAUGCUGAAUUUCUACAACUUUUCAGCCAGGAUUAUGGCAGACCAGCUUCGGAAAACACCUAACCGAGACCAAUGGAGCAUGACACCACCUACCGUCAAUGCAUAUUAUGUGCCAACAAAAAAUGAGAUCGUCUUUCCUGCCGGUAUUCUGCAAGCACCAUUCUAUGCCAGAAAUAAUCCAAAAUCUCUGAACUUUGGUGGCAUUGGAAUGGUAAUGGGCCAUGAAUUAACACAUGCCUUUGAUGACCAAGGUCGAGAACAUGACAAGGAUGGCAAUUUACGACCAUGGUGGCAAAAUUCUUCACUUGAAACUUUUAAGAAUAAAACCGAGUGUAUGAUCCACGAGUACAACCAGUACACUGUAAAUGGAGAACAUAUCAAAGGAAAGCAGACACUGGGUGAAAAUAUUGCCGACAGCGGAGGCCUCAAAGCUGCAUAUCACGCUUACAAAGCUUGGGUGAAACGGAAUGGAGAAGAGAAACUGUUGCCUGCUCUUGGGCUGAACAACCACCAACUCUUUUUUGUAGGAUUUGCACAAGUGUGGUGCUCAGUGCGUACACCGGAGAGUGCACAUGAAGGCCUUAUUACUGAUCCACACAGCCCAGAAAAAAUUCGGGUUAUUGGAGCAUUAUCAAAUUCCAAAGACUUUGCUGAACAUUUCAAUUGUCUCCCGGGAACCCCAAUGAAUCCUGGAAAACAGUGUGAGGUGUGGUAGUUGUGAAUACAAAAUAAUGGAAUUUUACACUGGAUAAUAUUUACAAAAAAAUUGGAACAAUAGUAUAGUGCAACACUGAUCAGAGAGGAAAUUAUAAUAAACGAAGACAUACAAUAUAUUGUGCACUUUUAUAACUAAAAUGUAAGAUUACUUAAUGUUAUAAACACAUAGUACAUGUUUGGUGUAUCACUAGCCUAUGGGAUACAAAGGCUAAGCUUUUAAAUGGGAGAACAGUCUAUAGCUGCUUUCUGAGGAAAGAAGUUGGAAUAAUUUGAUGUAUUUUACAAAAAAAAUACAUGAUCCAGGGUAUGGGGUGUAGAUACAAGCUUAUUUCCUACGCAGAUUGAUAGUGUCCAUAUCAUUACAGAGUACCUUGAAGCUGUGCUUUUUUAAUUGAACUGAAACUUUUAGCUUAUUUGGCACACUUGGGGAUAGAUUUUAAAAUAUUUUCAAGUUUUAAUCUAAUCAUGGAAUGCCAUUCAGAAACCAGAAUGAUAAAAAUGAAUCGUACCUGUUCCUUGUGAAUUUGAUAUUACAGCCUGAAACUGAAUAACCAUCUAAUGCAUCGUGCAGGCGGUUUGUAUUUUAUCUGUUGGUACGUUAACAGAGUAUUAAGUUUUGAAUUCUACUUUUCUCAUUACCUGUCCUUGCUAAUAUAGCAAGAAAGUGCAAGCAUUCAACUGAUUUGCAUAACUGUAGUAGUGGAUCACAGGUCUUUGUACAAAUGCUCAAUUUCAGAUUAUAAGGGGGGGGAAAGCAGAAAAGAAAAUUCUGUAUUUAAACGUAAAGCUGUGGCAUAUUUAGCGCCCAAAGUCAGAAUUGUACUUUGCUGACUUAACAGCUAAAAAGAAAUAGCAAUCUCGGUUACAGCUAAAAUGUCAGCCCAAUCUGUGCAAGGUAUUACCUCAUGUUUUUAAAUGCUGUUUGAAAAAUAUAUUAAAAAUGGGAAUGCAACCAAAAUAACAAUGUCUAAGGAAUCCCUGCAAAUUUCAGUUUAAAUUAACAAUUAUGGAAAAGGAUUUUUGAAGAGUAGAAAGGCAAUGGAUAGUGUUUGGUAUUUUAAAUAUAAUUAUAGAAAGGAGAGGAGUGGAAAAGUUUACAGACCAAUGAGAUAUUUACUGUUACUUUGCCUUGCUAGGUAAACCUAUUCUUCAAUCGCAGCUUACAAUGUGCAUGGGCAUCACCAGUUAUCUCUUACAUUGUUAAAUGCAACACUUCAUCACAAGCUUUAGAACUUCUGGAGAAGUCAACUUAUUUUCAAGACCUAGCAGGGUCAAAGAAAGUAAAUAGUACUUUGCUAUAGACAUCAUUAGGAUAGUUCACAUGAUGUUAUUGAAAAGGAAUACCGUGGUAAUAGGUGUGGGUGGAGAUAGCUAUUUAAGAAGUGUUCUUUUGUAAUUCAUUCCCAAUCGUGUGCAUUACUGCUUAGAUGUAACUUGUAAGAGCUACUUUCAAGUUUAUACGAGGAUUGAUAACUUGUUGGUUGGCACUUACUCUUAUUCCAGUGCCUUUAUGUGUUUUACCAUGGUAAUAUGGAGAGUUCUGAGUAAUUUUGGCUGGAAUUGUGCUUUAAUCUAUGAUAUUACCCCUUACACACAAGGUUGAUGUUCCUCCUUUUUCUUCUGCCAUAGCUGUGGAGAUUUAGAUCGUAAUUGUUCAUCAUGUAUGACUUGCCUAAUCUUUGGUCAUCAUGUCAUGAAUGUUUUAUGUUAAUUUUGCUGCUAAAUACUUAUUUCUAAAGAACCAAAGAUGUAUAACAUCAAAGUGAUUGACAGUUUAUGUCAAAGGAAUGAUGGAGGGCCAAGAAUGAGCAACAGAAAAUCAGAACAUUAAGUUCUUAAGAGUGAUGUCCUGUUUAUACUGACUACAGAUGUUCAACUUUAGAUUGAAGGACCACUCCGCUGAGACUCCUACCUUUAUAAGAGAAUCCCUGCUUACACUUCUAUGUCCCCACCCCAGCCCACUCACUUGCUCUUUAGAGUGCAGAGUGGAAAGAGCAACACCUCAGGCAGUUUAAAAUAACCCAUAAAGUAGUACAGGAAAGGCUUUCCAGUGUGAUUUUUGGUAUUCUGUCCCAUUCUUAGUUAUAUGAAAAUGUCAUUUCCUGGAAACUUUCCACAAAGAUAUAAGCUCACCUUCUGGUUUUUGAUGUGUCAUGAUGAGAAAAUUCCAUUGUAUUACACAAUUUGUAUGACCCUGGCUCCUUUGCCCUAAGGACAGAUAAUGUAAUUUUAUGCACCCUCACAAUAAAAUGUCCUUGUUAGUGCUUUUCUUUAGGGGAAGGUAUAGAUGAAUGUAGAUAACAGUUUUACAUAUCUAACAAUUCUACACUGUGAAAUUACCUUUUUGUAAUCACGGGUAUAGGUUAUUUAGAAUCAUAGAGCACUGCAGUACAGAAACAGGCCCUUUGGCCUUACCUAGUCCAUGCUAAACUUUUAUUCUGCCUAGUCCCAUUGACCUGCACCUGGACAGUAGCCCUCCAUAACCUCCCAUCUGUGUACUUAUCCAAACUUAAAUGUUGCAGUUGAAUCCGUAUCCACCACUUCCGCAGGCAGCUUGUUUCACACCUUCACCACCUUCUAAGUGAAGAAAAUCACCCUCAUUUUCCCCUUAAAUAUUUUACCUUUUGCCCUUAUCCCAAUCUCAGCGGAUAAAGCCUGCUGGCAUUUUCCCUAUCUAUACCCCUUUUAAUUUUAUAUGCCUCCCUCAGAUCUCCCCUCAUUCUCCUAUCAUCCAGGAAAUAAAGUCCUAACCUAUCAACUUUUCCCCAUAACUCAGGUCCUCAAGUCAUGGUAACAUAUUUGUAAAUUUUCUUUCAACCUAAUUGACAUCUUUCCUGUAGUUAGGUGACCAGAAAUGCACACAGUACUCCAAAUUACACCUCACCAAUGUCUUAUACAACUACAAUAUACCCUCCCAACUCCCGUACUCAAUACUUUGAUUUGCAAAGACCAAUGUGCCAAAAGCUCUCUGUAUGACCUUAUCUACCUGUGACGCCACUUUCAAGGAACUAUGGAUCUGUAUUUCCGGAUCUCAUGCUCUACUGCACUCCUUAGUGCCCAACGAACCACUGUGUAUGUCCUUCCCUGGUUUGUCCACCCAAACUGCAACUUGUGUCUGCAUUAAAUUAUGUCUUGACAUUUUUCAAGCCUUUUUCAGUAAUUCACCAAUAGGUCAAUAGUAAUGAAUUGUUUGUAAACAAUUCACUGCCGUUGGAUAUUAGGGAUCUUUGAUGAACAAGAAAAAGUAAAUGAAUUUCUCAUGCAAGAAAAAUCAGCAAAUCCGGUAAACAUUUGAAAAGAUUUAAACAAUGGGUGAAGCUGUGCUGAGCGCACAACAGGGGAAGUUACCAAAGCUGUAGGCUAGUCAGUGAACCAGUAAUCAAGUUACUGUAUAUCAAAUUUUGUAACUAAACACUGCAUCUGGAGGAGGAAGGAAAGGCUAAUGGGCUAUUGGCGGGCUUUAUGACUGAGUUGCAAUAGCAAGUUCUGAAUUUGGUACUGCAAAGUCUUCAGUGAUUUUGGCUCAUAAUGUUGAUCCAAUUCAAAUCCAAAUGGUGGACCAAAUCAAUCCAUGCCUAAAGUCCUGUACUUUACUAAGGAGAUUCAAUCUAUGUGCAGGACUGAAAAUUUGGCAAUCCCCUUGGAGCAAUAUGGUGUUGAACAGAGAUUAGAUGGUAUCAGUCUGAAGUGGAUCUCAAACAGGACCACAAUGUAGCCAAGUCCUCACCUGCCUGCCCCUUCAACCUUUUUCAAAAUCAUAAAGAUGAUCUUCUUUCUCCUCUUUUUGGAGUUUUUUCUCAAACCACUGGGAAACUCAAGUUUUUUUUAACCAGUUGGCUUUUGCAGGAGACCAUCAAGGAUGAAGGUAUCUCGGAAAUAGUUUAUGUGGAUGCUUUGAACACUCCCUGUCUUUUCUAUUUAAGCUUUCAACCCAAGAUAUAUCACCUGAGACUGGUUUUCAGUGUGACAACCACCUUCUUCCUCCAUUUUCCCUCCCUCCAUUUUCUUGUCUCUCCCUCCAUUUUCUUGUCCAAUUUGUCCAAACAUAUAUUUGGGUCAAAGUCCUAUGGACUGUGACCUAUUCUCAUGGAAUUGUGCCUUAACUUUGUCCCUAAUGGCUAAACUUUCCACCUUAAAUUGUAUUCAGUUUAGUUUUCUAUUCUCCCUAUUGUUAACAAUCUGAAAAAUCAAAUAUUCAAAAUAGUUACAGAUGACUAUUUUUACUCAUCAAUAUUUUAAGCAAUAAAUAGGUUAGAUCUAAAGCAGAUUGAUUCAGUAGUUGUAUAUAUAAAUGUUUCUAUUUUCAUUCAAAUGCUAAUAUCCUACUGCACUUCUUAAUAUCCACUUUUUGAGAUCCAUGCUUGAAACAAAAUCUUACUUCAAAUCUUACUUGAAAGCGUAACAUGAUUGUUGGACAUGUAAGCAAGUUUUAAGAUACAUUUGAGAUGCUUUUGAAAUAUCCUAUGAUUGAAAGACUGAAGUUGAGCAACUAAUAUCAAAGUAAUUGACUAAUUAAAAAAUACCGAACCCAAGAAUGUAAGCAGUAGGAGUGGAAGUAGGCUAUUCAGCCACAAGCCUGCUUUACCAUUCAUAAGAACGUGGCUGAUCUAAUACUGGUUUCAGCUCCACUUUUUUGCCUGUUCUCCAUUAUCCCUGAGCUUCUACAGAUCAAAAGUCAGUCUAUCUUGUCUGUUAAUAUAUUCAAUGAUUUAGUCUCCACAGCUCUCUGAGAAAAGAUGUUCUUCAAUAAUCCCAAGUAAAAUGCAUAACCCUUAUUUCUAAAACUAGAUUACCCAUUGAAAGAAAGCAUCCACUCAGCAUACACCUUCUUAAGUAAACUCAUAACCUUAUGUUUAAAUAAAAUCAGCUCUCAUUCUUUUAAACUCCAAAGAGUGUGGGCCCAACCUGCUCAAUAUUAUUCUUCAGCCAGCCUGUUCCUUCCAGGAAUCAACUGAGAAAACAUUCUGAACUACCACCAAUUCAAGUAUAUCCCAACUAAAGUAAGGAUACCAAAACUGUACACAGCUUUACACCAAGUAUGGUCUCAUAGCCCUGCAUAGAUGUAGCAAGAUUUUCCUGAUUUUACACACCAUCCCUUUUGCAUUAAAGGCCUGCAUUCUUGCCUUAAUGAUUACCUGCUGUACAGCAUGCUGUUUUCUUGUGUUUUCUAUAUGAGGACACCCAGAUCCCUCUGUAUAUCAGUAUUUUGUAAUCUCUCACUUAUUCUGCUUUUCUACCUAACAAAGCAGAAAUACAGAAUAAUUUAAUAGAUCAGCAAUUUUUAAAGUGAACACUUUUCAAGAGGCAUUUUUUUGAUUGAUCUUAAAAUUAGAAUGGUAUUAUGAGGGUUUGUGACAUGAUUAGUAAGCAUCAAAUACCCAAGUUUUUCACUUUUUUUUUCCAAGUACAUAAUCAAGAUGUAUCUGAUUUAGGCAAUGUGGUGUUUGUAUUUAACUCUGGAGAGGCUGAAGAUUUAGAAAAUGUCAUAUUUAUAUGAUACUAUUAUACUAAUAGCUGAGACAUUUGAAAUCACUAAUUCAUUACCUCUUUGGGCAACUACUCUUUGAAUCCAUCCGGUUUCUUUUGAAAAUGUCAUAUUGUCAGAAAAGCCUUAUCUUGAAGAGAAAAUGUUGACUGCUUCAACUUCUGUGGAAAAAAACUAUGUGGAGUGUCAUUAAAGCAGUAUUUAUGUAAACAUUAAUAAAGCACUCUAAAUAUCACAACUGUGUUGAUUAUUGAA